GUGAGACGUUGUUUCCGAACCAAUGUCAUGCAAUUUCACCAUUAGAUGGUUUGCAUUGACAGUUAAACAAUUAAAGAGAGGGAAGUUUGCUUUGCUUCCAGUGACAGUUACGAAGUGGUAGAAAAGUCAUUGUAGCAGUUCCUAUUAAUCCAUCUAUCCCGUUCAUUGAAAGCUCGUCCCACUUAAGACGAGUUUUCUUUCCACAAAACAAAUCUUGAGUUUUCUCUCUUACUCACACACCUUUCAAAUUCAACAACUAUAUAAUCGAUCACACUUUAAAAGCCUUCUCUUCUCUUCUUGUGCUCCUAUUCCAAUACUCUCUUCUGUCUGUCUUUUGCUCUUCCAAUUAUAAGCACAACCCAAUCUUUUAAUUCGUUACCCGAUCUCCAUUUCCACUGUGUCCACGUGACUCAAGAAACACAAGUUUUUGAGCACAAUGGAAUCUGAAAACGGGGUUGCUGUGGAGGAAGAGAAACGUGUUAUUGGGGUAACAACCAAGGUGGAGAAUGUAAAGAAAGAAGUUGAAAAUGACUGCAAUGGUGCAGAAAUUAUGACCAAGAAUGAAGUAUCUAAACCCACAGUAGUGGCUAAACGCCCCAUUUCUGCUGGUGACAAAGUUGCAGUUGAAGCCUCCAAAACUUAUGCAAAUAAAAAUUCAAAAGGUGCUACUACUAAGGAAACUGUUGGUAGAGCAAGUGUUGCUUCCAAGAACAACAAAUAUGCCAAAGAUAAACCCAUUUUGAAGGGUCCAAGUUCAAUAUCUCAAAAACAAAGGCCAUCCCUUUCCCAAAGCCUUUCUUUCCCAGCCAAAUCAGCUGGUGAAGAUGCCAUGCAGAAAAGCAUUGAUGGAUAUCUUGUGAAGCCUAAAGUUAGAAAUAAUCAAGGUAAUGGGAUUAGAGGUGAGGCCCCCAUUCGUCAUUUAAACAAGUCCACAAACUCUGAAGUCAACUCACUGGCAAAAACCAACACUGGCAUGCCUGGUUUGAAACGCUCUGCGUUUGGAAGGUCCACUACAGUUGCUGCAUUCACCAAGAGCCAAACUUCUGAGGCAUCGUUACCCGUUGACCAGGUGUCAAACACAGCAAAAACUGCAAAAGCAGAUAAAGAGAAUGAUGAUUCUCAUUCCACAACUUCUGCUACUCCUUGUCUGAGAAGCAGUGGAAGUGGAUUUUCCUUUAGAUUGGAAGAAAGAGCUGAAAAGCGGAAGGAGUUUUUCUCAAAGUUGGAGGAAAAAAUUCUAGCCAAGGAAGCAGAGAAAACCAACCUACAAGCUAAAUCAAAGGAAAACCAAGAGGCAGAGAUCAGGCUAUUGAGGAAGAGUAUGGCAUUCAAAGCAACUCCAAUGCCAAGUUUCUAUAAGGAACCACCUCCCAAAGUUGAGCUGAAGAAGAUACCAACAACACGCGCAAAAUCCCCAAAGCUUGGAAGGCACAAAGAAUCUGCUAUGAACAACAAUUCAGGAGAAGACAAGACUUGCUCCAUUCCACGUGGGAAACAACAGCAGAAUGAUUCAAACAAGGUUAAGGGUCAUAAAGAUAUGGUUUCAAAGAAACCAAUCCGGAAAACCCAAGCCAAGGUGAAGUCUCAGGAAAAUGUAACGCCAGAAAACAAAGAACAAUGCCAAGAUACACAUGUUAACAAUUCUGAAUGCAAAAAUGACAUGGAGUUACAAUCUGAAACAGGUCAUGCACCAAAUAGUACACUGCUUCUAAAUUCAACUACACCUGAGCUUUUGUCAUAUGAGGUUACUGUUGGAGUGUAGAUUUAUAUCACCGGACUUGAUAAUUAUGUAAGAUUAGAGCUCUAUGUUGUUAAUUAUUUCAUUAUCUUUGUGAAUAUAGAGGUUGGUUCAUUUUCAUCAUAAACGUGUAUUGCAAAUAAGUUUUUUUUUUUUUUUUAAUGUUGAGCUGUUACCCUCUGUGAUGUACGUUAAAAUGCCUUAUUAAUUCAUUAUUUAGCCAGUCGUCCAUGUA